GUGACCUCUAUUUGUCGAAUUACAUUUCAAAUCAGUACGCGCGCGCACCUGAUCUAAACGAAAGAGCCGGAGGUGCUGAUAGCCCGCAAUUAACAGACUGCUUCUGCGUUAAAAAUAAACAUCCGUUAAAACAGCACAAUGUCUGAAGAGCAACCAAAGGAGGGAGUGAAGACGGAGAAUGAACACAUAAACCUCAAGGUGGCUGGUCAGGAUGGGUCCGUUGUACAGUUCAAAAUCAAAAGGCAUACCCCUCUCAGCAAACUAAUGAAAGCAUACUGCGACAGACAGGGACUGUCAAUUCGUCAGAUAAGGUUUAGGUUUGAUGGACAGCCAAUUAAUGAAACGGACACACCCUCACAGCUGGAGAUGGAGGAUGAGGACACUAUUGAUGUAUUUCAACAACAGACAGGGGGAGUCUUUUCUUAAGUUGGACCUGGACUCUGGAAAGAAUAUCCACACCAUUUCUCCCCCCCCCCCUCCUGAUGUAUUCUUUUUCUUUUUUUCACUGUGCUUGGUCAGGCUGUUCACAAUAUAAAAGGUUUUUCAUUUGGGGCCAAAUCCUAUCUUUGAGAUGCAGGGUAAUUUGUAACAUGUUUUAUUCACAUUAAUGGAUGGUUUGAAAUUGUCCGGGCAGGCUCAGAUCAGAUAUGGCUAGUAAUGUUGAAAUAAAACAACUGCAUACUUUUGAUUUUGAAAUGACCUCACGCAUGUCUAUAAACCAUAAGCUCAAAUACAAGCCAAAACCCUUCUUUUUGUUUUCCUGAUUGUUGUGAGCAUUUAAAUUCAGGGUGGCCUCAACUGUCUUUUAGUUCAUGUACUUGAUAGGAUUGCUGUGGAGGGAAACUGCUGGAUUGGAGCUUGUGGUUAUUCUGUGUAAACAGGAACUAGCCGCUUUUUUUUAUUUGAUGUAUCGAUGCCCAAGACAAAUGCAACUGCAGAUCCAUAUGGAUGGUUUACCUCAAUAAUGUCACACUCAACUCAAUGGUAAAUAAAGUACAGUAAUCUUUCUGGACCAAAAAGCUAAAUGAAUAUUGUUCUUUUACCAAAUGGUUUGGUUAAUAUAUAAAUUGUGUACAUGUAAAGCAUUACUUUCUCUAACAGUGGUCUUUGUUGUCACACAGCAACAGAACAGUUCUUUCGAUGUGUACAUUGAUUUCUUUCUUCGAUCACCUAUUCAGGACUUUUAAAUAAAAAUAAUUCAACUUUGUCAGUCCAGAAACUGCAUGUCUCAUCUACUGAUAUAUAUUUCAGUUAAUGUAUAUUCAUGCAGGCAAUACUUUACUGCCAAUUUCAAUAUGUUUUUCAAAAAUCUAUCUGAACAGUUGCUUAGUUGGUUGGACUCGUGUAUUGGUAGAAAUAUGUCCACUUUUGAUUUUUAAAUUCCCACUUAGAUUUGCAGGGUGACAUUGACAUAUUACCCCCCCCCACUCUUUCUUUUGAUUUGUACAUUGUUUGUUUUCCCUAUACUGUAUACAAUAAAUAUAGUUUGAUACUCA